UUUCUGCUGAACGCAGCCAAUGUUUAUAGAGGGCAGCAACUGCUUAAAAUAAGGCGGUAUCUGUACAAUCACAUGUUGCGUUUCUCAUUCCUUUCGCAACGUAUACUUUAUUGUGUUUAUUAUUGUGUUUAUUUAUUUUAAAAACAGAAAUUUCUCAACACAUUAAAAAAUACACCACGCAAAAAUUGUGAACGUUUGCGUAACAAUUUCCGAAAUGAGUAGUAGAAAAAGAGGAUCUCAGAAUUCUCAGAAUUCUAGAAGCAUAAGAGAAAGUAGCGAGGAUAUUUUUUUAUCACAAGACUUACCUGGCCCAAGUAGUCAAACUAAUCGAUCAUCACAACGAUGUACACGGAAUUCAAAUCUCAGAGAAUCACAAUUCAUGAGUUCACAGGAUAUGGAAACACAAAAGAAAAUGCAAUUAAUCAGUAAUGUAAUAAGAUAUCUCUUCGUGGCAGAUCGUACUAAACAUCCUAUACAAAAGACACAGAUUGUUAAAAAUGUACUAGGUGGAAAUGGUAAAAUAUUUCGUCAGAUUAUAGAAAGUGUAAUCAGAGAACUGUCUGAGGUAUUUGGAUAUAAAUUGAUAGAGGUUGAAAGUAAUAAAUACAUAUUGAUGAAUGAAAUAGAAAACAAACUUCCACACUUGAUUUUCCAACAUAACUAUAAGCAAGUGCUAUUAUAUCUUAUACUUGUACAUAUUUUUAUGUACGGUGAAUCUUGCAAAGAAGAAAUACUAUGGAAUUUUCUUGAAAAUUUGGGUAUUAUAAGUGACAAUAAUUUUCAACACAAAUACUUUGGCGACGUUGAACAUUUAGUGACAGUAGAAUUUGUAAAUCAGAGAUAUCUGGAGAAGAUAAUAACAAAUAAAAAUGAUCCGACACAAUUUGAAUAUGCAUGGGGAUCUCGUGCAAGAAAUGAAUUUACUUAUCGUUCUGCUCUACAAUUUGUGGCAGAUAUUUACGGCUGUUCUAUAAAAAAGUGGAAAUUGCAAUACAAUGCUAUGAUUGAGGAUGAACAAGAAAAUGAAUAAUUCAUCAAUAUUUACUCUAAUUAAAAAAAGAAAAAGUAUAGAUUUAUUUAAGUGUACAAAAUUAUCUUAACUUUUCUAUUUUUAUAGUACAAAAAAUUAAAAAAUAAUAUAUUCUAAUAAAAUGUAUUACAAAAAUAUUUAAAUAAAGUUUAAAUAUUUAAAAA